UUUCCUAGUAGGGUUUUCCAAUACACGAACACAUUAUUCCAUAAAAACCUAGAAAAUAACUUAUUCACAUCGAGAAUUAUGUCCGUAACAUUACAUACAGAUCUUGGUGAUAUUAAGCUGGAGUUACACUGUGAACAGUGCCCUAGGACUUGUGAGAAUUUCUUAGCACUGUGUGCCAGUGAUUACUACAAUGGGUGUAUUUUCCACAGAAAUAUCAAAGGCUUUAUGGUGCAAACAGGAGAUCCUACUGGUACUGGUAAAGGUGGUAACAGCAUUUGGGGAACAAAGUUUGAAGAUGAAUUUCGAGAUAGUUUAAAACACAGCACCCGUGGAAUUUUGUCAUCUGCAAAUAAUGGACCAGACACAAAUGGUUCCCAGUUUUUCUUUACGUAUGCCAAACAACCUCACCUGGACAUGAAGUACACAGUGUUUGGAAGAAUUAUUGAUGGAUUUGAUACACUGGAUGCCUUGGAAAAAGUUCCUGUGGAUGAGAAUACGUACCGUCCUGUCAGUGACAUUAAAAUUAGAAAUGUGACAAUACACGCUAAUCCUUUAGCAGGAUGACAAAAAGUAAAUAUCAAUUAUCACUGACUCGGAGAAAUCAAAAUGCCUGUGAAUGAAAAUAUUCAAAUGUGUCUGGAAAUCCUAUGAAUCCAGAAAUAUAUCAUUUUGGAGACUGAAGUUGGUCAUAGCAGUGGAAUAAAAGGUGUAAUGUUAUAAGGUAAAAUACCUAGAUAUUGUGGGUGAAUGUUUCACCCACCGACUGUUCACCAAAGGUUAGGGUGAGAGAUAGGGUGACACUUGGGCUUAGACUUAGCUAUAGGAUUAGAACAGUGUCAUCAAAGAAUCUGUCAGCAGAACAUCUUUGAGUACCUGGUACCUUUGAAAUAUGAGGAUGCCAUUCCAUUGGUGCAGUAGUUCUAACUGCAUGUUAUAAUAUACGCCGCCAGUGGUAUACAUUGGAUCAGUUUAUUUGCAUUGACAUGAGUGCUAGCUGUGCAGCAAAACAAUGUUGAUUGUGUAUCAAUUUUUUUUUUCUAACCAUGCGGUUGGAACUGCAUAAUGAAUCCAUGAAAUUACAGCAUUUUGGAAUUAUUCAUGAUUAAAAAAACAUUUCUGCUUAAUUAAUGACAUCACAUGGAAGGAAAUGCGUCAUAGGAACACCCCAGUGGAAAUGUGCCAGCCACGCAGGUAGAAAUGCUAGGUGGCUAGCAGUCUAAGGGAAAUACAUGUGUCCCAUAUGAAAAAAUAAAUUCUCUUGGAAAUGUU